CCCCGCCCCCCCCACCCCCUCGAGCCCAGCUGAGAGGAGACGGCGGUGAACGAGGAAGGUACGAGGGGGAGGGAGAGAGAAAACUGCGGAAAAUGAACGGCUACACUCUACUCUACACCGGCAUCACCGUGGCCUUUUGGUCCACUAUCGUCGUCGUAGGCAUUUGUUACACAAUAUUUGACCUGGGAUUCCGCUUCGAUAUAGGAUGGUUCUUAACAGAGACAUCUCCCUUUAUGUGGGCAAAUCUUGGAAUUGGAUUGGCGAUCUCUUUGUCAGUUGUGGGUGCUGCAUGGGGUAUCUACAUCACUGGUUCAAGCAUUCUUGGUGGGGGUGUGAAAGCCCCCAGGAUUAAAACCAAAAAUCUUGUCAGCAUCAUUUUCUGUGAAGCUGUGGCAAUUUAUGGGAUUAUCAUGGCUAUUGUCAUCAGUAAUAUGGUAGAGCCGUUCAGUGGCACUACACGUCAGACAAUUGGAGCCAGGAAUUAUCAAGCAGGCUUCUCUAUGUUUGGUGCAGGCCUAACAGUUGGAUUUUCUAACCUCUUCUGUGGAAUCUGCGUUGGUAUUGUGGGUAGCGGUGCUGCUCUGGCUGAUGCCCAGAAUGCCAGCUUGUUUGUCAAGAUCCUGAUAGUUGAAAUUUUUGGCAGUGCCAUUGGGUUGUUUGGAGUCAUUGUGGCUAUUCUACAGACAUCCAAAGUGAAAAUGGGAGACUAGAUUUCAUGAGAACAUGAAGAGUUUGAAGUUCUGACAACGAGACCAAGAUUUGUUGUAAAUAAUUUAUUUAAGUGUAUAUUUUCCCAGUAUACUGUUUGUGGUUUUUAAACAUCAUUUGCUUUAAGAAUGAUUGUGAUAUAUUCAGAUGUGAUUCCUGAUCAGUUCUGCACAACAGACCAGGUGCUGUCCAACAGUAUUCUGUAGUUUUGUCUGUAGUUCAAUGUGACAGUUUAUUGCCCACUUGGAUUUUGGGAUGGAAGUAGAUGUGUGAGACUGAACGUUAAAGACUUCUUUCAUUGUCACAUCCCAGUGUUGAUCCUUUGUGACCUGGUUUGUGCAAGAGCUGAAAAUGUUGAUAUUGUUAACAUGACCACAAUCCUAUGUUAGACACAUGUGGCUUCUGGAGAUCAUAGCAAACCUGUAAUGAAUGAGGUCAUAGCAAAAUCAACUCUUGUCCAUUUAUGUAUCUCAGUUGGAAUUUCUGUUCUGUUAUGCUGUUUCUUGUGGACGUAAUGGAGAAAAUGAAUGUUAAAUCAAAAUCGCAACCACAAAAAUAAAGUACUAAUUUAUGUGGGUCUUCAUCAAGCAGCCUCUUCCCACGCCCGACCUGUAUUUUAUCCAAUGCAAUUUUUAGAGGACUAUCAUGAAUGCCUUUUUGUAUUUGUAUUGGAGACUUUGUCGUCAUUGGAGGCAUUACGUGCACCAAUUCAAUUUGAGUAUUCGACUUGCUAUAUCAGGCAAUUUAAAUAUCCAGUUACGGAACAAUAUUCAGGCCAUUUUACAACUGCAUCAAUAUUAUGAGAAUUAUGUAAAUUUAUCCUUAGCCAGGCUGAUGCAAUGAAGUUUGAUCUUCAUUCAUCUUUUGUUCUCCAUGUAAUGUAACAAAACAUUCAACAUGUUAACCAUGUAUUUCUCUUUCUUCCCUGUGAUAAUCAAAGGUACUUUGAUCUGUUAACUUGUGCAGAAUAACAUAUAGGCUGCAAUAAUUAUGAUGGUUUUGUUUAUUGGAGCACUGAGUGACUGGGUGGCAUUUUGUUUGAAAAGUAUCUGAAAAUUGCAACAAGAUAUGAUCAUUGCAUAUUGGUCAAAUGUUUUCAUUCACACUCGGCUUGACUUCAAAAUUUGUUUUGUGUACUGUGUGAUUUGGCUGCAAAAAUUGUUGAUUCAUAAAUUAUAUUGAGUCAAUUUUUUUCCAGGUUAAUGGAAAUAAAAAUAAAUUGUUUCCAUUAAUAACUUUUGGAAAUGGUUUACUGAAUAAACUGGGAAAUUGAAGAAAAUGUUUACCUUAAAUCAGUUUGUGUUUUUAAUUGCCAAAGCCUUUCACUUGUACAAUGCUGCACAAGAAAGCUUUUGUAAAUUAUAGUAAGAAUAUUCUGAUGUAGUUUGUAGAUUAUGUGCUAAUUGUUGGGCAGAACACAAUUAUAGAUUCAUUUUUCUCACUUUAAAAUAUUUUUUGUUAGGCAAGUCGAAGCAUUUGGUAAAGUUAAGAUUCUGUUCUGAUUCAGGCACGUGAACUGAUAUCUGCACCAUCACAUGCCCAGCUUUUACUAUGCCCAUGAUGCCGUAUUGCCUUUGAGCAGGUUGUCUCCUUAUAAGGCUGCAAUUGAUCAGUGGUUAAAGUGUGUUCCCCGAAGUCUGAUUUUAAGGGAUUGAAAGACGCAUAGUGUACAGUGUGAAUAUCCAGUGUGGGUGAUAACGUGACUAGUAGGAUCAAGUUAACUGCCAGAUGUGACUUGAGAAACAUGGUGCAUAUUUGUGGCACGAGUAAAUGUAAAUCAAUUAGCAUUUUUAACGUUUAGUUUCCACGUGGGGUUGUACAGAGUAAAGUUGGAAGUUGUUCUUCUAAGUUAGAAUGUUGCCCUGACCCAAGUUUUAAUUCAACAUGAAUGUAAUGAAAUGGAAGUGCUUAGUUGGGAAAUGUCCAAUGUGCAGAAUUCAGUCAGCCUCAAACCAAUUCCUAAUGGCAACAAGAUCAUUGCUUAUAGAUUUGUCACCAAAGACCAGAAGGACGGAUAGUGGGGAAAGGCUGACAGUGUAGCAGUUCCCACACUCAAAGACAUGCAACUUGGGUCAUUAAAAUUGCCCCAUGUACGUUGGUGAGUGGGGUAGGAGGAGGUUGGUGAGGAUGUGGGACAAAUAAAAUGGGUACUAUGAGGGCAAUUGUGGACCCUGAAGCGUCUGUACCCAUGCUUCAUGAAUUGAAUCUGACUACUAUUAAAAGCUGUACAAUUGAAGGCUUGAUCAUAAACUUGAGAAUUUUAGUUAGAAUAUGACAUCUGAGGGAGCUUGAUCGUAAUGAAUGAAAAACAUGUUUUAUUCCUCAACACUCUUCACAUUUUAAAUGUGGAAAUUUGUUUAAGGUUGAAAAUUUAUAUACAUGAGGUUUAUCAUGCUUGAACCAGGUCUUUGAUGCACCUGAUCUAUUUAUUAUUCUGUCUGGUGUACAUUUUCUCUCAGCUUGGGCCUUCUGAUGAUUUUUACUCCUGUCAUUUAGAUGUCGAGAUUUGUUUAAAAUAACUCUUUGUCUUCAUUUGCUCCAAGACCUGCUUUUGAAAGUGUCUGCUUGUAUGUAUACAUAAGCAUUAAAGCACUUCCUGGAAAGAGUACAGACAAGCAGAAUAAAGAUGUUUCACUCUUUUCUUAACUAAAGUACUGGUGUUUCAUUUUAAGCUUUAAAUUCUUAAUGAUGAAUGGCUAUUUGUCAACCCAUUCAGAAUGUAACCUCAAAAUGCAUUUUGUUCUGCAUCAUUUUAACUGGCAGCAAGGUCUGUUCAAUAUGGUGGCUUUCAAACCAUGCAACAGUCUGAAAUGCGUGUCAACUGGAAUGAAUUAAAAGUUGUCCCGUUACUUGAAUUUAUAGUAUUUUUUGGCUUAAUCAUAGACCUGGGUAUUUUUACCGUAUCCUGAGGGUGGUAAAAAAUGUUUAUUGAUUGUGGUUAUUUUGUCGUGUUUUACUUUUAAAUAUUCUCAAGCUGAGAAACAUGGGAUGAUCUGACAUAACUCUUAGGACAUAGCUAUGGCAUUUGCCAAGAUGUUUGAGUUUGAAUUCAACUUUGAAUGCAGGUAAAGGAAUAACUUUCCACAUUUGUGAGAUUUGAAAUAGCGUGGGUUGUCCCAUGGGCCAAAGCUUUUGAACAGACUUCAAAAUCAACUUUACAAAUCAUGAAUUGAAUGGAAGGACAUUUGUAAAAAGGUGUUGCAAUUGUUUAAUACAAUUAUUUCAAAUAAAAGGUAAAUCAAAAUAUUAUCUUUGUAAAAUUUCAUGUUUAGUAACACAUGCUGGGUUAAAUAUGUAUUUUUUGAAAAGAGGAUGAAAUUGAAUUGUGCAACUAAAUUUAAGCACAUCUAAUUAUUUGUCUGGUUGAAUUCCAAUUGUUACAAUGUCUGUAUUGUUAAUGUUAUAUUUGCAUCAGUCGCUGAACUUCAAAGUAAAAUUCUAGUUUGUUCACACCUAUCGUAAUCCUUGACCACAAUUUGACGUGAUCUUUUGUUGAAAUAUUGACAAAAUAAAAUAACUGCUGAUCAGCU